CUUGUACUAUUAGGCCCUUAUCUUUUCAGCCAAAAUGUAAGUGGCUACAAUAGAUUCAUUCCUUAUCGUGAAUAAAUGGCUACACGUGAAUACAGCUGGUUUGUGUCGUUUGGUGUUGACUAAGAAUAAUCAGCUGAGUUCUAACUAAAACACAUUCGCAUAUUUUCUUUAUACAGAUCAGUUGGACGAAAAGCGAUUUUCAAGAGGAGACAUGGCUAAGGCAAUUUUACCAUUUGUAGUCGAGAGGCUUUGGAAACUACUUGUCAGAGAAACUGAGCGAUUUCAAGGAGUAGAAGAGCAGUUCGAGGGAUUAAAGAGUGAUGUUAAGAAGUUAAGGUUUUUUCUGGAAGAUGCAGAGGCCAAAAAACAUACAAGUGCAACAAUAAACAACACUAUCAAAGCGAUCAAAGAAAUAGUUUUGGACGCAGAAGAUAUAGUCGAAACCUUUCUUUUAAUGGAAGAACUCGGAAAUACAAGCGGCAUCAUGAACAUUGUAAGAAGACUUUAUUGGGUUAGUUUGGAACGCAGGGGACUUGCAAUGGAUAUGGAAGAUGUAAGUAAGAGGAUCUCUCUGGAGAUACACGAUAUGCAGAGUUCUGGCGUACAACAGGCCAUUGUCAGAGAAAGGUGUAUGUCUCCACCUUUCUCUGACAAUGACAAACAAAGAAAAACGUUUUAUAUCGUGGACGAAGAGCAACCUAUUGUUGGGAUGGAGAAAAACAUUGAGAUAUUGGUUGGCAAUUUGGUGGAGGAGGAUAGCAGUCAAGUGGUUGCUAUAACUGGGAUGGGUGGUAUUGGUAAAACCACACUGGCAAGAAAAGUUUUCAAUCAUGAGAAAAUAAAAAGACAUUUUCCAGGAUUGGCUUGGGUGUGUGUUUCACAACAGUUUGAAAGAAAGUGUGUCUGGCAGACAAUCUUGCGCCAACUCAGGCCAGAAUGCGAUGUGUCAAAGAUGAUGGUAGACGAACUUCUGGAGAAGAUUGCUCGAGUGUUGGAAACACAAAAGGCUUUGAUCGUCAUUGAUGAUAUAUGGAGAGAAGGAGACUGGGACCUAAUCAAGCCUGUCUUUCUGCUAAAUAAAGGAUGUAAGGUUUUACUUACUUCUCGCAAUGAGAGAGUGGCAUUACAUGCAGACGAACAAUGCAACCCCAUCAAACCAGAGUGCCUAACUUUUGAAGAAAGUUGGGUUCUUUUUCAAAGGAUGGCAUUUCCUAUUAAAGACACAGCUGAAUGUAAGAUUGACCAAGUCGGCAUGAAAGAAAUCGGCAUGGAGAUGCUUAAACAUUGUGGAGGCCUACCACUGGCUAUUAAGGUGUUAGGCGGGUUGUUACGUAAGAAGUACACAUUGCAUCAGUGGAAAAUGAUCCAAGAGAAUAUUAAAGCUCACAUAGUUAGAGGGACUGGCUUUGACGACGGAAAUAUCAAUAGGGAGGUUUAUGAUGUUUUGUAUCUGAGUUUCGAAGAGCUGCCUGCUUAUUUGAAGCAUUGCUUCCUUUACCUUGCUUGUUUCCCAGAAGAUUGUGAAAUAGAUGUGGAGACACUGUCCUAUUACUGGGCUGCAGAAGGAAUGGAUUUCGAUGGAGCGAGCAUUCGAGAGGUUGCAAAUGGAUACAUAGAAGAAUUGGUGAAGAGAAACAUGGUUAUUUCUAAAAGAGACGUUGUUACUUCAAGAUUUGAAACAUGUCAGUUGCAUGACAUGAUGAGAGAAGUGUGUUUGCGCAAAGCUGAAGAAGAGAAUUUCGUACAAACCAUUGGCACAUCAACUGCAAAUUCGAAAUCUCCUUGUAAAUCUCGUAGACUUUCUGUUAUACGUUGGCCUGAUGAAACAUUUAAUGUCGAUACGGAGGUGAAGAAUCCGAGCCUAAGAACUCUCUUGUUGAUCAAGUGCAGAAGAUGGAAGGCAACAAGUUUAUUCUUUACAAGGCAUAAGCUGAUGAGAGUGUUAGAUCUCUCUUAUGUGGAUUUUAAAGGAGGGAAGGUACCCUCUAGCAUCGGGAAGCUCAUCCACUUGAGAUAUCUUAGUUUAGUGUGGACAAAUGUAACUCAACUUCCUUCUUCUAUGCGGAAUCUGAAGAAGCUCCUCUAUCUAAACCUAGAUGUAUCUUGGAGAAAAUCAGUCUACAUUCCCAAUAUAUUGAAAGAGAUGCGAGAAUUGACAUUCUUGUGUUUGCCGAGGAUCUUGCAUCAUAAUAAUACAAAUUUGGAAUUGGAAAAUCUGGUCAAGCUAGAGACGUUGGAGAAUUUCUCCACAAAACAUGGGAGAGUGACAGAUCUACAGGGUAUGACGCGGCUCAGAUCUCUCUCUAUCUAUAUUAAAGUCGAGAGGUAUACUGUGGAAACUCUAUAUUCAUCUCUAGGUGAAAUGAGAUGCUUGGAGAAUCUUUUUAUACAUGGUUACAAGCUGUGUUCUCCCACAGAUGAUGAUGAAAUAGGAUUUGUUAGGGAGUUGGAGAUAUAUAUGCCAAGGUUACCUGAUGCGCAACACUUUCCUUCUCACCUUACAACAAUACAUCUAAAGGAGUGUUGUUUGAAGGAGGAUCCAAUGCCGAUUCUAGAGAAGUUGCUUCACUUGAAAGAGACUACUUUACAUGAUCGAUCUUUCUGUGGGAGGAGAAUGGUUUGCUCGAGGGAUGGGUUUCCUCAAUUGCAGAAGCUACAAUUUAUGGGACUACUGGAGUGGGAAGAGUGGAUAGUAGAAGAAGGCUCCAUGCCCUUUCUCCAUACUCUCUAUAUUGGCCACUGUCCAAAGUUAACUGAGCUUCCUGGUGGGAUGCGAUCUUUGAAGAGUCUGACCUUUUGGUUUAUGGGAAAGGGAUGGCAGAAGAAACUGUCGAAAGGAGGAAAAGAUUAUUACAAAGUGGAACACAUCCCUUUUGUUCAAUUAAAUUAUUACAAAGUCCAACACUUCCCUUAUGUGAGUCAGACAGCAGCUGAAGGAGACUCUCAGCAAUUACGGACUAUCAGUGGCAAACAGAGAAUUUACAAGUGAAACAUACUAGCACACUGACACGGUGAAGCUGUUUGACGAAGUGUCUAACUGAGACACUGGAUCUCCUGCAAUGCUUCAAGUUUGCCUAGAGAGAUAAAGAGAUGUAUUUUGGGAAGUGAAGCUGUUCAACGGAAGGUUCUCAUGUACCUCUGUUGACUGAGAGAGGUGAAAUAUGUUAAGAUUCUUAUAUUAGUUUUCUCUUUACUUGAAAUGAAAACGGGAUAUUGAGAUAUGUAUUAAGGAAGUGAGCACCUCGCAGCCGUUUUUGUUAAGAACCGAGUAAUAUGUUUACUCUAUCACACACACGGUCACACCUACUUGUUUCAUUUGAAAUAAAUAUUUAUUUUCUCACUUUUGAUGAA